UACUUUUAUAAAUACCUUAUUAAAUUCACCUGCACAGCAGCAAACAGCUUCUGAAAUGCCAAAUCAAAGAGACGAGGCCCCCGAUGAUUCCCACGGUGACCUUCCCUGUCUGGAAAAGCUGGACUCUCCUACAGGGAGCCCACCCACCUCCUCAUUGUCUGGUCUGAUGGAGCUGGAGAACUGUGUUUCCAACCUGAGCCUCGCACAUGAGAUAGUGGUGAAUGAAGACUUCCGCUUCAAACCCAACAGCCCUCCCACAGAAAGUCUGGAGGGCAGAGUGUCGGAGAUUGUUCACCGGGCAUUUUGGGACAGUCUUCGUGAGCAGCUGAACAGCGACCCUCCAAACUAUGAUCAUGCUGUCAUUCUGCUGCAGGAGGUCAAGACUAUGCUUCAGUCCCUGCUGCUGCCCGGUCACGUCAGGCUGAGAUCUCAGCUGGACGAGGUCCUGGACAUGGAUCUGAUACAGCAAGAGGUGGAUCACGGAGCUCUGGACCUCCACAGACUGGCAGGAUACGUCAUCAGCACCAUGGCGUCUUUAUGUGCACCUGUGCGUGACCCAGAGGUCAGGGCACUGAGGGACCUCAGGGCCCCCGUGGAGCUCCUGAGGGAGAUCUUUCGCGUGCUGGGGCUCAUGAAGACUGACAUGGUCAACUUCACCAUCCAGAGUUUGAGGCCUCACCUCCUGCAGCAGGCAGCGCAGUACGAGAGAGCCAAAUUCCAGCAGAUUCUGGACAAGCAGCCAGCCUCUCUGGACAACACCACAGCUUGGCUUCAGGCAGCAGAGUCAGAGGAGGCGUCGGCCGUCAGCUCCCGCUCUGAGUCUCCUGGUCCUGACAGCCGUGGCCCUGUCAGCGCCUCCGCCAUCCUCAUCCGGGCCUACAUGUGUCUGCUACACUGGGAUCCGCAAGACCAGAAAUAUCCAGAGACUGUGCUGAUGGACCGGGCCCGUCUGGACGCUCUGGGCCGGCGGCUCGAGAUGCUGGUCCUGGAGGCGUCGGUGCUGCUCCUGACCAAAGCUCAGUGUGGGGGCACCGUUUUCUCCCUGCAGGGGUUUGUAGGUAAACUCAGGCAGUCCGUCACUGCCCUGCUGGAGGGCAGUCACACCAGGGAUGCUGACCUGAAGGGGGCGCUGCUAAGUGUUGGGGAGACGGUACUGCAGCAAGUGACCGAAGCUGUGAGCAACCAGGGAGGAGCAGCGCUGCCUCAGGAGUGCCAGGAUCUGCUGAGAGGACAAAUAUCUGACCUGUGGAAGCACAACAACCCUGUUCGCACACUCAUAGGAGAAAGGGUACAGGGCUUCCUCCAGGCCAUGCUGGAGGGCGGCCCCGCUAAAAGGAGUCCAGAGCUGCCCGCUGCCCUCAGGCUAGUGAGUGCUGAGCUAGCUGAACUGGGGACGGCCUUUGGGCGAAUCACCCACUUCAACCGAACGGUUUUUGGUCCUUUCUACGCACCCAUCCUCAGGAAAAUACUGUUCCCACAAGGAGAGGCCGAGACCGGGGAAGACUCGCGCUAAGCUGAGGGCGACCUAUACAGGAACAUUGAUGACCUUAACAUAAGCUCCCUUAUGGCAUUGUGUAUAUAUAGCUUUAGAGUGUAAAUACAUUAAGCGAGACUGCUCGGUAGUGAGACGUCACACCCAAAACAUGAAAGUGUUUGCCUCAAAAAGGAAGCUAAAUUAGGGAGUGACGUAAGGGCAUCUCGCUGUUGCUCCUUUUGUUUUCUAAAGAGACAUUUAUAUUGUGUUUUAUAUGAUUAUAUUUUUUUAACCGUUGCAAGAGGAAAAUCGAACUCAAAGCAUGAGGCAGAAACAGUUAUUAUUAGAAUACAUCUUAACCAAACAUUUGAGCAGAGAAAAACCUCACAGAUUGUGUGACAGAAAUGAAAAAUAGCUUUCACCUUGAUAAGAGUAACUAAUAGUUUCUGUAGCGUGUUAAUGAGGACAUUGUGUAUGAGUCAUAUUUAGACAUUGCAGGAGACUGAUUGUAAAUGUUUCUGACAUGAUCAAAUGUUUGGAAAAAGCCUCGGUUGGUUUUCACUCUCAAGAUAAACACCCUCAGGAGAAACACAGAGUACCAAAGAUAAUAUGCUAAUAGUUUGUAAAUAAUACUUCCAAGUUUUAAUGUGUGGCUGGUUUAUGUUCUUAUCUGUAUGUUGACAGACGUGUUUAUGAAACUCUUUCUUUUACCAAAGAUUAUACGCACUUUUUAAAACUCUUUCUCAAAAGCAUUAUUUUUCCUUGCACCUUUGAUAGCAAACCAAAAAUAAACUCAGUGUUUCCCCUGCAGCAGUUGGUAUCAGUGGUCGCGGGGCUCAUUUGUAAAUAAGAUACAUACCCAAUUGAUUAAUUAAAAAUUGUUUGCCAGGCAGUCAAACAAAACUAAUGAAAAUAUAGAAUUUCUGUAACAAAUCAUUGUUCACCUUGCUGAAUUUAAGCAGUAUUUGGUGAAAAUCAUUGCUGAAUAGAUUUAAUGAAGUUAAACACAAAAGCACUUUCAAAGGUCAAACUGAAAGCUUAAACAGAGUGCUUCAGAAAUAAUAAUGAAAUAAUGGUUCAGAUGACUGUCAUACUGUUUACAUUGCAAGUUAUAUUAUUGAAACUAAAAGGGAAUCAUGAAUCCAGAAACAGUUUCCAGCAUAUUUCAAAUUUCUACAAGGCUAAAACUAUGAAUGGAGCCCGUGAUGCGAACACAGCAAAAUAUUUCUGAUGAUUUUGUGCAUUAUUCCUGCAGUUUGAUUUGGUUUUCAUGUAUUUUCUGCACACUGUGGAAAUUGUUUAUCAGUCUCCCUAAAACAUAUAAUGUGUAAUCUAUGACGGUGUGAAGUCUUUUGUAGGUGUUACAUUAUCAUUGUGAUGUAACGCAGUGUAAGACAGUUUUUUUUAACAGUCUGCGCUGCAUCAUUUCACAAAGAUAAUGUAAUUUAGACAAAAAAAAUGCUGCAGACUUGAUGUGUGCUGUGAGGGAUUACACAACUCCAGAUAUUUUCCCAGAGUCAGUGAACAUAUUUUCAUGUUGUGCACAAAUAAAUACAAACCAAUGGAUACCUGAAAUUAUCCUGAUGUCAAAAUACAUACAAAUUUGCACAAUGGUGAGCUUUGAUUGAAAAUAUAAGUAAUAUCAUCCUUAAACGUUGACUAAUUUCAGAGAAAUGUAUUUUUCUGGUAUUGGCACAAGAAAAAUACAUAUAAUAUAAAGGUAAACUAGAAUUAACAAAUAUAACUAAUAAUACCAAUUUGGGAAACUGUAUAAAAUAAUAAUGCUUUUUAUUGAGAUAGUUCAAAAGUCUUUGAGGAUGCUGGAAAUACCUUCAACUGUUGUUAAAUGACCUUCUUAGUUUUAUGAAAGAGUCGCAGACAUUUACCUUGAAAAUAUUUACCUUUUAGAAAAACAAUGUUUAGCUCUGUGACUUGAAUGUAAUAAUACACGAAAGGCACAAACUGGUUUUAGUCAUUUGGAUGAGAGUAGCAGAUGCAGCGCCCACUAAUCUACAGCAGGGGAAACACUGACGGUAUAAUUGUACAGUCAUUACCAUGUUGUUGUAAUUGUCACUUUAAAUUUUAAACAGUUGAUUUAAUGUUUCUUUUUGU